UACGUUUAGAAUACUGUAAACUUGUCUGUUUUCUGACAGGUAAUGAUCAUGGAUAAAAAGGAAGAAAACUUGAUGAUGGAUGAAUGUAGUUUUGGUAUUAUAGGCCUGAAGCUUCAAGGAGCAGAUUGUAUAGAAAAUAAACUACAUCUCUCGCCUACCAUCCUUACCGAGCUCUGUUUAACCACUCUACGUUGGUUCAAGAUUCAGCCUGGAGAAGUGUUUUCCAAAAACUUGGUUACCCUACCCGUGUAUUUGAACUCCACUCGGGCAGAACUGUUGUUCACUGUCGAUCUAGCUGCAGCAUCAGGACAAAACAAGCACAGUUUUUACGAAAGAGGUGUCGCUGUCAUGUGUUCUACAGCUCUCAGUUAAAAUUUAACUAUGUAUUAUCUUGGCUUUUAUGAUUUCAAAUAACUUUCUAAAAUUACUGCAAUGAACUUUAAAAAUUUUAACAUAAUUUCAUUAGCUUAUUGUUUUAAUAUUAAUAAGUAAGUAAAAAGUAUUUCUAUAGUUGCAACUGAAUCACAUGCACAGAUGAGGACCGCUUACCGUAGAUUCUAGUGUAUACACUGUGCUUUUGUUUUGUCACAUCUGGUCUUGCUUUAAAUACUGUUUUAUCAUGUAUAGAGUGCUUUGGAAAAUAAAUAUUUCUUGGUUGACAUUUAA